AUUAUGCCGAUGUCCACGGCUGGUUGUCUUAUGAUGGAACGUUCUGUGAACCUAGAUAUCAGAUAAAGGGAAAAAUCCUCAUCGAGUGGAUCUGCGUAGCCUGGGUACACAGCAAGUUUCACCCGGUGGAAAUGAAAUCAGAUACCAGGAUAGGGUGGCUUAAAUGACAAAGUACACGUUGUAUGAGUGCCCCGAAAUGCGACAGCUACUACGACAACUAACCAACAUGCCAUACCACUGAUUCCCUGGAAUGCUCAUCAAGUCCCACCCCGUACACCCAUAGCGUUAUCAUCGCUUACUGGUUCAAAAGCCAGACAAAUGUCAACCAUAGAACGCGCCAAAGAUCACACCCCAGAUCCAUUGGCUGCCCUGCAUGAAGCUUUUAAUGAUGUUUGUGUUACUUCAUACCAUCAUCAUCAUCCUGGCGGCACCUGCAGGAUCUAAUACGGCACGACGGCUAUCUAUUGCCGGGUCCUCUGUCACCAUGAAUUUGCUGUCCAGGACGCAGGGGAAUUACCCAGAUUCUUCUUCUAUAGGAAGUAGUCGUGACUUUAUGACUUUUGCCUCGGAUACGCUGGAGUCUGGAAGUACGGCUUCUGCACCUGCCGAAGCCGCAGGAUCGGUGACCAGCAUAAUGCCUGCGCCGCCGACCGUGACCAAGCCUCCCUUGCUCACUGUACCUAGUACAGCAAACAAUGACUCAGGAAUAUCCAAUACUUGUACGCUCAGAAGGUUCAACAUCGACGAAACCUCUUUGAAAGUAUGCAUGGUCGGGGUAAUCCUAGCAGCAUCUUUUGCAGGCAUAGGACUUAUCAUUGUCAGCCUGCUUACCUGUUCUGUGGGCAGAUGUAUAAAACAGUACCGCACACAAUGCUUGCGCGUUGGGAACUGUGACUACUUGCACUCCUGUUGCAUGCAAACAUUGUGCGGCCAUCGAGUUAAGGCGUAGCUUUGCUACGCCUCUCUGCAUGCGUGAUGCUGGCAAAUUGGCACGUCCUGGUGAAACGCAACACCACAGUGUGGAAUUCUAGUUAAAAUGAACGUCAUAGCGUUAUGCACUACAUCGGUAAAUUAAUUUCAUGGUUUCGGGAUUACUAUAACUUUGUGUCGUACACACCUGUAUCAUAAUAUGCAGCGAGUGA